UCUUGCAGCUGGAGCGAGUAAAUCUUUCAGCAGCACAAACGUUAAGAGCAGCUUUCAUUAAGGCAGAAAAGGAAAAUCCUGGUCUCACACAGGACAUAAUCGUGAAGAUUUUAGAAAAGAAGUGUGUGGAAGCAGACUUCACAGAAUCACUUCUACGAAUGGCAGCUGACGAUGUUGAAGAAUACUUGAUUGAAAGAACUGAAGCUGAAUUCCAAGAGCUUAAUGAAAAGGCACGAGCACUCAAACAGAUACUCAGUAAAAUUCCUGUGGAGAUAAAUGAUCGAGUCAGAUUCCUUCAGACUAUUAAAGAUAUUGCCAGUGCAAUAAAAGAACUACUUGAUACAGUGAACAAUGUCUUCAAGAAGUACCAGUAUCAGAACAGAAGGGCACUUGAACACCAAAAGAAAGAAUUUGUGAAAUAUUCCAAAAGUUUUAGUGACACACUGAAGACCUAUUUCAAAGAUGGAAAGGCAUCAAAUGUGUUUGUCAGUGCAAAUCGUCUGAUCCAUCAAACCAACUUAAUACUGCAGACCUUCAAGACUGUGGCCUAAAAGUUGUUUGCCAGAGCUGUAAUUUUUAAUAUGUGAAGAGGGCAACCUUUAUAUAUAUAAUUUUAAAGUUGAGACUGUUUAAAUUAUGGGUCCAUUUAAUGGACCUGUUACAAGAUAUUGAAUGGAAUGAUUGCCAGCUUACAUCAUAUUUUUGUAAGAUUUAUUGUAGCUUCAAUCAUGAUCUCUCAAUGAAGAUUUUGCAUCAGUUUUGCUUUCUUUAAUAUCAUUCUCUUCAGAAGUAUAAGCCAAAAGAAUUUUCGCCUUAAUGUGUCAUUAUGUAACAUUUCUUAAUGUUAAAUGUAAAUAUUGGUGUUUUUGUUUGACAUUUUAACUUGAUGACAGAAGUGCUGCAAGUUAUGUAUUUAACAAUAUUUGGUCACAAAUACUCAAAUAAAUAGUUUACAUCUGUUAAAAUAA